AUGUCUCCAGGCCAACACUCCACCUGCCACAAGCUUUGUCGGAGAUGCCAUUCUUACUUCAACUCAUCCGACGAGAAGGAGCGGAGCUCGGGGUGUCACUACCAUCACCAAUCGUAUGUUAAUCGUUACCACCCAGAAGGAGAGCGCUACUAUGCGGCGGUGGAAGAAAACCCGAAGCACAAAGGAUGGCACGGGAGUUGCUGGGAAUGCUGCGGCGCAGAGGAAAAAGAUGCACCAGGAUGUACUUGGGGCCCGCAUGUGACCUAUGACGAUUGA